AUGGCCUCACGACACGACGUCGAGACGUCCUCCGAGCGCGCGCCGCUGCUCGGUGCCCAGCGGCCAGUUGCAGACGACGAAGGGACCGCGGCGGCAGCCGACGCCGACGCCGAUGUGCCGAAGGCGCCGUCCGAGGCGGAGAAGAGGCGCGCGUACGGGUGGCGGGGGUUCUGGAUUGUGGUUGCGAUUGUGGGGAUUGGGGUAUUUGUGAAGGGGUGGGUGGAUGCUGAUGAUGUUGAUUUUGAUCUCAAGGGUGCGCUGAAGCGCGCGCUGGGCGGCGGGCUGAGCGGCGCCGCUGCAAUGGUGCUCCAGGUGCUGCUGCUGAUGCCGAUUCGGACGAUUAUGAAUUACCAGUACCGCCACGGGACGUCGCUGAGUGUGGCGACGCGGACGUUGUAUGCGGAUGGCGGGUAUGGGCGGUACUAUGCAGGGAUGGGGGCGGCGCUGUUUCAGGGGCCUAUUGCGCGGUUUGGCGACACCGCAGCGAACGCGGGCAUUCUGGCGCUGCUGCAGUCGAAUGGGUACCUGGCGGGCUUGCCAUCGCCUGUCAAGACGGUGUUUGCGUCGCUGUGUGCGGCGGGCUUCAGGAUGGUGCUUACGCCGAUUGACACCCUGAAGACCACCUUGCAAGCCGAGGGGCCGCGCGGAACGGCGCUGCUGCGCCAGCGCAUCAAGACUAAUGGAAUCGGGAGUCUGUGGUGGGGUGCGUUUGCAACCGCCGCAGCGACGUUCGUGGGCCAUUACCCGUGGUUCGCAACGUACAACUUCCUCUCCGAGACCAUCACCGAGCCGCCGCGGAGCGACAUCGUGCCCUGGCUGCUGAGAGCGGCGUUUAUCGGGUUCUGUGCGUCGAUUGUGUCGGACACUAUUUCCAAUUCGCUGCGGGUGGUCAAGACGUAUCGACAGGUGCACGAUACGCAAGUGUCGUACACCGAAGCCGCGAGGCGCAUCAUUCGUCAAGAUGGAAGAUUGGGGCUGUUCGGCCGCGGCCUGAAGACGAGAAUCAUUGCAAACGGUCUUCAGGGCAUCAUUUUCUCUAUCUUGUGGAAGCUGUUUCUGAAGAUAUGGGAAGAUAAGACGGGUGACAGCAAGCAUGCGCAUUAA